GGUGACACGCACUGUCGCUUUGUUGAUGACGUGCGGCAUGAAGAACGUACCAUUAACGUAAACAGCAGCACCAGCAGUUAACGGGGUUUUGUCUCAUUAUAGUUAUAGUUAUAUAGCCACGUUUUAAAUACUCAUUCGUUUUUCUAUUCAAAGCUUGGCUCUGACUGCUUGGAAUCAGGAUGUCGUACAUGCUACCGCAUCUCCACAAUGGCUGGCAGGUGGACCAAGCCAUCCUGUCCGAGGAGGACCGAGUCCUUGUGAUCCGCUUCGGGCACGACUGGGACCCAACGUGUAUGAAAAUGGACGAGGUUCUCUACAGCAUCGCUGAAAAGGUGAAAAAUUUCGCAGUCAUUUACCUGGUGGACAUCACAGAGGUGCCUGACUUCAACAAGAUGUACGAGUUGUACGACCCCUGCACCGUUAUGUUCUUCUUCAGGAACAAACACAUCAUGAUUGAUUUGGGUACUGGUAACAACAACAAGAUCAACUGGACAAUGGAGGACAAGCAGGAGAUGAUAGACAUUGUAGAGACAGUGUACCGCGGGGCCAGAAAAGGUAGAGGUCUGGUAGUGUCUCCAAAGGAUUACUCUACAAAAUACAGAUAUUGAUUUUUUUAUUUUUAUUUUUUUUAACCUUUUUAAGUCUACGGAGUUAUUUUUGAUCCCUCUUCAUAUUUUGUGACAUGACACACAGACUACAAGUUACAGAAGUCAUGUUUUUGUUUUUUUGCCUCUUAAGCCGGACAAUAUUCUGAGUUAUGGCCUCGAUUGUUUGUGUCUCCUGUCUAGACUGAUGUGUGACUUACUUUCUUCAACUAGUUUUUUUAAGACUCCUUUCUGGGAAACAGGUGCUGAAGAAAAUGACCCAACAAAUAAAAAGUUCCCAAACUUUAUUGUAAUAAAUAUACAUUUACAUAUUAAAGUGUAUUGAAUGUA